AUGUCUCGCGGCAAUUUCCGCGCGAAACUACUACAAGCAACUAUAUUAUUACUAGCUAUUUGCUCCGUAAGUAUCCAUUUUUUUUUAGUAACGCCGUUCAUUUUUCAAUUUUCAGUCAUUCUCUGCACUGCAAUCAGGCAAGGCUAAAAAAAUAUACGGAACGUUACCCAGGUUUGCUUUUUCAAAUUAAUUUAUCCAACAAAUGAAAAAAAUGAAAUAAAAAGCUUUUUUUGAACUUUUUUUGUUUCUCAUUUGUGCAUAUUUUGUCUAUUUUUUUCCUCUUUGCUCGUUUAUUUAUGCUUUUUAAAAAGCUUUUUUUCGUUGUUUUUUUCUGUUCCUUCAAGACAGAAAAAAAUUUUUUUCAACAAAAAAAUUUUUUUCUUAUUAGAAAAAUCAAUCGCACUUCCGUUUCUAAACUCGAAACAUUUUUAUUUUUCAAACUUCGUGAAUCCAACCUCAAGAUGAGUUCCCGCUUCCGGAGCAUCAGUAACCCGUUUCAACUUUGAUUCUAUACAACUCACACCAAUUGCCCUCUGAAGCUCCGAAAUUCAAUAGCUCGAGUCUCGAGGGUACACUCUUUCGGCCUAGAGUUUGAUAUUACACUUCACGACUGAGAAUGGGCAAUAAUGAAUUCUAAAUUUGAAGAUCAUUGAGAAUAAAUUGACGUGUUUGUCUUGAGAGAAAACAGCUGUCCUUCUAUAAUUGCACUCUUCGAAAGACGGGUCAGUUGAAAGGACGGCAUGAUUUGGAGAAAAAGUAUAUGUAUGUGUACAAAAAGUACCAAGUAAAUAUAUUAAAAUAAAGAGAUCUGAAAAAAACGGCAUGUGUUUUUGCAGACGGUGGAAGGGAGCGGAAAUCCGUCGCAAGGGGGCCUGGCAGAUGUUGAAGUGAACGGCUCUGGCUAUCCGACGGACGAUGAAGACGGCGACGACGUCCACGGAUCAGGUACCGUUCAAUCAUCUUCUUGAAGCUGGGGGUGAUAUCUUCAAAAAAUUGAAAGAAAGUUUGCGUAUCUUAAAUUUCCCGUUAAUAAACCAAAUUUUGGUUGCUUGAAAUGUAUAAUUUUUUUUUCGCUAUUAAUUGAAGCUUUCUUGUUCUCUCAACGCUUUUGAUUUUUUAUUGGUACAAAGUUCAAUUUUUUCUUUUUGAGCUAGAUAGAAUUGUAUUCUCUUUUUGAGAAGAAUUUAUUCACAUUCAAGUAUAUUUGAAUUAUACUAAAAUGUUGACUUCAAAAGUCAAUUUUCUAAUGAAAGCCAUUAUUCAUCACUAAUUUAAUCGAAUAAAAAUGCUGCAAACUAGAACUGAAAACGCGUGGAUUAGGUAUCUAAUUUCACUUCGCGGACCUCGAGCUCAGAGCCGAACCUCGCCCACCCAAAUUGCAUCGUGACCCUGUGCGAGGGGAUUAAUGUCUGCUGUCAACAAAUGUCUUUUUCUCGGUGUCUUGAGCGUCUGGCAGCUUGGAUGGAUGAUCCAAGGCGCUAGAGGUGCACCAACUGUCCUCGAUUCUUUUGCCGCGGAACACUAAAUAUUGUCUUUUCAACACACAACUUUUUGGCCAAGAUUGUCAUAGAUGCAUUAAAAUUUAGAAAAAAAAUCUUCUAGACGAAAUUUCAAAAAAUGUUUUCAGGCUCUCCAGAAUCGAAUAAAAGUUCACCAGUUGAUAAACAACCGUCCGCUUCAACAAUUCGGCCGACAAAAACAACAACCGUCGUGAGAAUUUUCGUCAUAUUUCUGAGAAUAACGAAUCUGAAAUUCCUCCAACAAACAGUUUUUUAGGUCAGCUCCUUCCAACCUGUGCCGAUCAAGCCGGUCGCUACAGUCGACAGCCGGAAAGAAUUGUCUGUGGACAACGAUGACGACGACGUUGACGAUGACAUUGAUGACGAAGACGACGAUGAGGAUAUUACCAACGAAAAUGACGGCGACUCCCAUCCAGCUCCAGUCACAAACUUGUUCGAUUCCAUCCAGCCAAUAACUACGUCCACCACAAGAAUUUUGUGAGUUACUCUUUUGUAAAAAAAUUGUUGCAAAGAAAAUAAUGAAAAUGGUGAUUCCUAAACUAUCUAAGAAGAGCUUUCCGAAGCUAGAAAAUAUUAUGAUCAUCCUCAUCUUAGUGGAACUCUUGAAUAUGAUCUUAAAGCGUUUUCCAAAGACUGAAAAUAAUCGAAUAGAGAUCUAACUGAAAUGGCGUUGUAAUUCGAUACUGUCAAAAUACUCCAAGUGCGCCGAAAAAACCCACACUGUUUCGGAGCACCUCAUCCAAAGAGAAAUGCCAGUUUUUUAGUAUUUUGAGCGGAAUAAAAGUUAUGAAGCGUUUGAUGAGUUUCUUGAAAUCUUCAUUUGAUUCUUCCUUCCUCAGUUUCUUGAUUAUGAGUAAGACCAUACAAGUUUAAGGUUGUUUUGGAUUUUUGAUUGAUUUUUUUUGAUUAAUGAAAAAGGAUUAUUUUCUGCGGUUUUAAGGAAAACUUCGCAAAAUAUUUUUUGGUCGUACAGUUAGGAAGCAUUGCUGGUCAGAGAUCUUUCUGAAUCUUUCGUCUUCUUUGAAUUUUUUCAUUAAGCUUUUUAAGAUCGACGACUGUUAUCCCGGCGCCACCCCCCAAGCCAAUUCCAACUUCAUCGCCUCGUGACAUCAACGGCAAAGCGACGACGACAGAGCGGACGGGACCUUUCUCGCCGUUCCACGAGACGAUGACCAAGGGAAUCUUCGCCGGUUCGUUUCAUUCGCGCGGAAGCCUUAAAAACUUUUACGACGUCUUUUAAAGUUUUUUAAUGACGCUCUCUCGUGGAAAGCGCUUUUUUAUUUUUUUGCAAUCGAAAUGACUACAAUUUGGUCUUCGAAAAAUUGAAGGCUCUGGGAAACCCGCGAAGAAAACUUUUUAUUUCCGUUUCAAAUGAUUAACAAAGCAGCAAUGCUUGCGUAAUUUUGCUGGCUCUGCAUUCUGAUCCAGCCAAUUAAGAGAACCCGCCGUCGGAUGCGUCAAAUCAUAUUACCGUAAUUGCGGCAUGACUAGCGAUUAUUCGUACUCACAGCAGGCGCGAAAAAUGUAUUGAUCAUAGCAAUUAUCCAAAUUAUAAUGUCUCUAUGAAGCUAAAAGGAAAAUUUGAAGUAUUCCAAAAUAAAUUUGUAUGAAGACAGAAUCAAUUUAUCAUAAUAUUAUAACGCUGCUCCACGGAGAAAUGUCAAGUUGACCGCGCGAACCCUCGCUACGACAGAUGGCGAACGUACGCAUAAGACAACAGUGCGUCAUACUUUUGACCUGGAGACUCGCAUAUUUUUUUAGCUAAAUGAAAAAUUUUACCCCCAAAAACUCUUUCAUUGAGAUUGGUAUAUCUGAAAUAUAUAUACUUUAAUUUUUUUCCUUUAAAGCUUUUUUUGAAGAAUCAUUUUUUUCUUAUACUAUUCAUUAAGAAAAAAAUUUCAGAUGGUCGUGUCAUACAUUAUUUUUGUGACACCUGAUAAAAAAUGAAGAUUAGUUAAGCUGUUCAAAAAGAGUUUUUUUAGUAGAUAUGCGAUCAAUUUGAAAUGUUUUUUUAAAUAAUAAAAAAAACUUCGGAAGCAAAAAAGCUCUUAUGAAAAUUUCAGUCACAAAAUAAAAAGCGACUUGCAAUUUUUCGUAGUCAAUUUCAAAUCUGUCAGAAUUUCAAAUUUCUCAGUUUUGCUCCCAUUUUGAGCUAAUGACGUGCUUAGUAGCUCUGGUGGCUCCUAAUUAUCCAUGCUGCCGUCUUGUGCAUUUGGAAAAGGAAGUGUGAAGUAAAAAGAGAAGUAUCAAAUAUUCAUUUGUGUACUCUUUCACUCACUUUUUGGCAUGUCUGUCAGAAAAGCAAAAAAGAAGUUCGAAAGAUUCAUGUGAACAUUUUUUUGGGAAUGUCAAUUGUUUUGUUUUCUGCGUUUAAAAACGCUACGACAAAAAGGAAAAACCAAGAAUUAGCCUGUGUCCUUUACAGCUUAUUUUUUAACUCAUAAAUAAGUUGACCCUUCUCCAUUCUCCAAGAAGUAACGUAGAUCGGAGGGCGAGAUAGCAUGCGUCGCGCAGCACAUGAUAAAUAACUUCACUGGAUUCUUCCGUCUUUGCUAAGAAGUGUUCUGAGAAACCAACAAUAUUACGAGAGAAAAGUAAAACUGACAACCGCUUGUUAACGAGCUUUCGAUUAAAUGAAAUCCUAGGACAGAUUUUUUGAAGCUUCAAUGGGAGAUACGCUUUGAAAUAUUUGCUCUGGUGUGAACAAUUUUUCAAUUGAUUUAUUUUUUUCUUUGAUUUUUUUCCAAAUAGAUAUAAUUUUACAGCUGUUGCUGGAGGAAUCAUCGUCGCCGUCAUCACCGCAAUUUUACUGGUCCUGUUCGUCAUAUUCAGGAUAAAGAAGAAAGAUGAAGGCUCCUACGCCUUGGAUGAGCCCAAGCCCCGACCUUAUGUAGGCUAUGCUUACACGAAGGCUUCGACCAAAGAAUUUUACGCGUAG